AAUCACCAACAUCCAUCCAUCCAAAAUAAUAUUUCUUUCAUUAAUUAAUUCAUACAUGCAAACAAAUUGAAAAUGUCUGGCGAUGGUUACGAUUCGUUGAAGAAAAACUCGAAUUCAAACGAUGAUGAUGACGAGAAAUGCAUGAAAAACGAUUUUCAAGAUCAAUUCCGUAACCUGUUUAGUUCAGAUUCAGAAAGUGACGUUGAUGGGGUGGAAUAUUCAGAUGGAAGAAGUGGUUUUGAAAGUGCAAGUCGCGUUUCAGAUUUAUCAGGGAUUUUGGAUAGUUUAGAAAAAACCGGUUCGAAUAAAAGUUUCAGUUCGUAUCAAGUGAGGGAAAUCGAAAGAAAUAAUUGCAUGUUAAUGAAUCGAAUCGUUUCGCAAAAUAACCGAAAAAGUCAAUUUCCAAUUACCGACAACAAACCUAUGGCUUCUAGUAGUUUCAUUAAUCGUAAAAAGAAACAACGAGAAAUUGAUCAUAAUAAUUUAAUUUUGUUAAAGAAAAUUCAAUCUGUGAAAUCUUCUGGAUUGAGUCACAGAAAAAAAUAAUUAUUUUAAAAAAUUAAUGGGGUGGAAUGGAACUCUUUGGAAGUACAAAUCAUAUUUUUUUUUGUAAUAUAAUCGUGGACCAGUA